GCGAAUUAUCGUUGUGCGUAUCUUUGGUUUUUUUAUUUCAUUGGUUGUAUUUUUCCAUUCUUUCGCUUCAUUCUGUCCUCUCCGUUGCCAAUUUGUAUUUUUCCUAUUGUUUCACGUCAAACAACGAUGUAAAUGAAACAUCAAAAACAGAGCACACUUGUUUUAUUGAAUAUCUUGAACCAUUGACUGUGCCUGGUAUUAUUGACAGGCAACAAGAAUCUUCUUCGAUAUUUCAAUAUGAAAAAAGUUUGGAAUCUAAUUCGAUUCAAUUGUUGGAUGACUUCGAACUUUUUUCCCAUCUUCUCAUUAAAUUGAUAAAGUUGUCUGAAUAAUGAUUCCACAAAUGAAAGAAUAAUCCUUCAAAUUGAUCACAUUGCAUUUGGAGAGUGUUUUACGAUUAAUAAUAUUUCAUAUGAUUUGUUAAAAUUGAGGUGACUCAACUGAAAAAAAAACCGAAUUGCUUGCAUAGAUUUGGCCAUUUGAAUUUGUCAUAAUCGUAUUGUGAACGAGGUAUUAUGUGUUCUGUCAGCAGUCAUUGUGCUGUAUUUACAUUAGAACCGGUUUACCGUGUACAUUGACGUCGUGCCUAUAUGAAUUUGAGCGAAAAUAUGCAAAUACAAUCUCGUGUUUGUUUAUAAGCCAAAAUUAAAAUAUUUUCUAUUAAACAUAUAAUUUUUCUGCGAUUUGUGUUUUGUUACUAACACCAUUCUAAUGAAUAAGUUAAUCCAUACAACAGCAAUUAUUAAAAUAAAACAGCAAUUAUUAAUUGAAGCUUAUGUCAAAAAAAACACGUGCUUUAAUAAAAAUAAUGUCGACCAAAGUUAUAUCAAACAAUUCAAAUAGCGGGAACAUACCAGUUCAGGAUGACCCACCAUUAAAAUAUAAAGUGAUAUCAAAAUGCAGUACGACCAAAGCAAGAGUUGGCGUGAUGACUCUGCGACAUGGUGAUGUUGACACCCCAGUUUUUAUGCCAGUCGGUACACAGGGUACUUUAAAGGGAAUAUUGCCUGAUCAACUGUACAAUUUAGAUUGUAGAAUCAUUUUGGCAAACACGUAUCACUUGGGCGCACGGCCGGGAAUCGAAAUUCUCAAUGCAAUUGGUGGAUUGCACAAUUUCAUGGGAUGGAAUCGAAAUUUGUUAACGGAUUCGGGCGGUUUUCAAAUGGUUUCUCUAUUGGAGUUAGCUGAAAUUGAUGAACAUGGUGUGAAUUUUAAAUCGCCAUACGAUUUGACACAGUGCAUGUUGACUCCCGAACGUUCUACUGAAAUUCAGAAUUCUAUCGGAGCUGAUAUCAUGAUGCAAUUGGACGAUGUGGUGAAGACAACAUUGACCGGGCCAAGGGUUGAAGAAGCGACGCACAGAACGGUUCGUUGGCUGGAUAGAUGCAUUGAAGCACAUCAACGAGAUGACGAGCAGAGUAUCUUUCCGAUUGUUCAGGGUGGUCUUGAUGAAAAGUUGCGGGAAAAGUGCGCCGAAGAACUAAUGAAACGAAAAGUAAGGGGCUUUGCUGUUGGGGGUCUGAGUGGUGGCGAAUGUAAGGACGAUUUUUGUCGAACUGUAAACAAAUGCACCGACUUACUGCCGGAUGAAAAGCCUAGAUAUUUGAUGGGUGUUGGUUUCUCUGCUGAUUUGGUCGUUUGUGUGGCACUAGGAAUUGAUAUGUUUGACUGUGUUUUCCCGACAAGAACAGCGAGAUUUGGGGUGGCCUUAGUUCGUGAUGGUCAACUGAAAUUGAAUCAACCACAAUUCAAAAAGGACUUACGGCCAAUUGACGAGAGCUGUGAUUGCAGCACUUGCAAGCGUUACACACGAUCAUAUUUAAAUCAUGUCGUACGAUUUGAAUCAGUUGCUGCUACCCUUGUAACGGUUCAUAAUGUUGCAUAUCAGUUGCGAUUGAUGCGAGAUAUACGUGAAAGCAUAAUUGAAGACCGUUUUCCAGAGUUUGUCAAAACGUUUAUGGCCCAAUAUUUCCAUGAAAAAAACGUACCGGAAUGGAUUAUUGGUGCACUAGCAAAAGUAAACAUUCAACUAUAACUGUUGAAAUGAACUUACCCAGUUUAAAAUUGCAUUGUACUUUGUUUAGUGUAACUGAUUUCACAAUUAUUGAAAUAAAACAAAUUUGACACAACAAA